UCGUCGAUGAAUGUUUUCGCAGGCGAGCCUGGAAUUAGUGCGAGGAGUUACACCGAAAGGUCUUUCUUGACCAGCAAGAGAACGUCGGUUCCCUCGCGGUUCGCUUCGACGUCGAUCGGCCACGGUUGGAUGUUUUCCAAGGCGAUUUGUCCUUCGACAGGAUACGCUGGCCCGUCCACGAGGAAGUUAUCUCAUUCAGCGCGGAGCAUUUAUUUCUCGGCGAACAAUCCGGCCUGCAGGAAGUACUCGUCGCGUGGGAACACGGAGAAGGGCGUUUUCUGCGGAACGACGUCUCGUAGACGUCGGUUCUCCUCCGAAGAUAGCUCCUGCAACAAAACGUCGACGUCAGACAGGCGCGUUGAUCAGACAUCUGGGAACCAGGAAGCAGCCAAGGACCGGUGCUCGAAGAGGAAGCCCGUCGCAAGCUCCUGUUCGAGUGCGCCCAUGGAAGUAUGCCCCGAGCCCUCGACUACGUGCACGCUGUCGGUCGAGGAUCCGUGCCCCAAGCCUUGCCCUCCCCCUGUGUGCCCUGCUCCCGAGGAAUCCAAUCGUUGCUCGAACGUGGACGAUUAUUGCGUUACCGAGGUGUCGCGGAAGGAAAGAUUCUAUCGGUUUUUGUCUCUGUUCGUGGCGAUGCCGCUGAUAUUGGUCAUGUCGAUCUACGUUUACACGAGAGAAAUGGAAAAGAAAAAACAACCGCGGCCAGAGUUCGUGGACGUCCCCUACAUGCGUCGAAUAAUUAAGCCUUUCCCGUGGGGCGACGGCAGGCACACCUUGUUCCACAAUCCCGUGAAAAAUCCAAUAUCCCCUCACGGAUACGAAGUGGAAGACCCAAAUGCACCGAAGACAGGCGAACCAAAGGAUUAACGAACGCGUCGCGGUACACGUAAGAGAAAAGGGACAAUGAGAUCGCUUUAACCGUGCGGCGUGACUCUCGGUUUUAUUGUUCGUUCAUUGUCCCGGAAAUUGGCUCGAAAUAGAUCGGUUCAGACGACGCUGGAGAUCUGAAAUUGCCCAACGGAAACGUAUCAUCGAACGUCUUCGCGUGUACUUUUGAACCUUUGGAAAUUCGGGCCGCUUUCAAAAUUAUAUACGAACGAAUUGCCACGGGAGCGAAUCUUUUCCACGGCGUUUCCUAUCCGAUUGUUUCGCUUGCUAACUUAUUCGCGGUGCGGUAUUCGACUGCCGGAUGUGCCGUAUCUGGCGGCCGAAUGAAAAUAACGCGGCGAUUAUGGCCGCCUGACCGCGUUCGAUCUCCGUAGAUUCCUUCCUCGUUUCAGCAACGAGCUACGAUCAAAUUUCCAUUCCCGUGGCAUGAUAAUUACCGCUAAACUUGUUCAACUCUCUGUUGCGUAAUGUGAUCAUCAGGCAUUAUUAAAAAUUCAUGACACGCUGUAAAGUAUUCUAAAUCCUCUUCGUACGGUACGGAAUUAAAUAAACGCGCAGUUAAGGCAAUAAAAUGUGUAUCGGAAUAGAGAGUUCGAACGUACUAAAAAAGAUUCAAAAAUUCGUAGAGUCUACGAGUUCUACUUUUUCGAACGUUCGCUGUGGUUUAACGUCUAUUUCUGGUCCACUUCUCGCGCAUUCCUCGUUACAGCGGAACAAAACUUCGCUGAAGUCGAGGGUGCAAUGAUGCCGCACCCUUGUUACUCUUCUAACUCCCCUAUCUAACGACGGUUCCCAAGGAGUCUCGGAUGGUUUGUGUCUGCUAUCCUACGCGUUUCCUUUCGUGUGUCGCUCGAUGAAUCCGAAUACGGUAAAGUCUCCUUACAUGAACGAACUCGGGACUGAACUUGCGCGUUCAUCGAAGAGUUCGUAUAUUUUUUGGUGUUUCCCGAUGCGCAUCAAACGUAGAGGAGGACAACGAAUAAAGAAGAGGAAAGCAUUACUAUUUAAUAUUCGUCUUAUAAAAAAUAUAUAAUAUGUAACAGCACUCGUAAAUAAAUAAUUUCUCGUCGUAAAA